GACCUGCAGACGGCAGCAGCGGCAGGAGGACAGAGAGCAGCGCAGUUUCACUCGACAGCUCGAGACUCUGUGCGUUAAACUUGUUGUAAUCAGACCUCUGAUCUGUAACAGCUCGACACGACUCAGUGAGCACUUACAGACACAUUUAUUGACGUGAAUUCGCGCGGAUUUCAUCUCCAGUGCGCUUUAGCAAGAACUUAAUGACACAAAAUAGGAUAUUUAUUUUUUAAGAAGAGAGACUGUGAGUCGUUCCAACGAAUCGGCGGCAUUUGUUUCGGAUUUCCUCGGAAUGUUAGUGAUGUUCACCAGGUAGUGCGGCUAUCGGAUAUAACUUACGAGUUUGACAAACAGAGAAGUGAGUAAAAACGGCAUCGACACUCAGGUGACUGCGGCUCAGUGCUGGCGGAGGACAUGGACUCGACUCAGGCGGGUGGAGUGAUAGCACGCAUUAGCACCUCGAGCUCGGCCUCCAGUCCAGACUCGUGUCACAGCGACUCCUCCAACAGCAGCUAUCAGUCCUGCUCUCCGCCCCACGGAGCCUCGCCCAGCCGACGACAGGGCCAGCCCGGCGAGACCCUUCCUGUGGCCCCUCAGCCCCGCCCACCCAGGCACUCCGGAUGGAAAGCGCGAUCGCCCUCCACAGCUAAAAGUGGAAUUACAAAGAUUAAUGGGCUGGUGUUGCUGUGUAAAGUGUGUGGAGAUGUGGCUUCAGGAUUUCACUACGGCGUUCACGCCUGUGAGGGCUGUAAGGGUUUCUUCAGGAGAAGCAUUCAGCAGAACAUUCAGUAUAAAAAGUGCCUUAAGAAUGAGAGCUGUACCAUCAUGCGCAUCAACAGGAACCGGUGCCAGCAGUGCCGGUUUAAGAAGUGUCUGCUGGUGGGCAUGUCCAGAGAUGCUGUGCGUUUCGGCCGGAUUCCCAAACGCGAGAAGCAAAGGAUGCUGCUCGAGAUGCAGAACACCAUGAACAACAUGAUGAACAAUAGCCAUGACAACCAGACUCCGCCUCUCUCCGCCGACGGAGUCUCAACGGACAGCGGCUCCGGUGUGUCCUCUCGCUCCUCCUCUACCUCUCCCCAGAGCAACCGAUCUGAAUCCAGCCCCGAGCCACCGGUCUCCAUGGAUACGAGCUCGAGCUCAGAUUCCUCCAGUGCCACUGACAGUGGGGAGGAGGAGGUCAUCGGCACGGUCACCAGGGCCCACCAGGAGACGUUCAUGUACAAUCAAGAGCGGGUCCAUGUGCCUUCACAGGCCCCUGACAACCACGGCCAUUUCACAGAGGAGGUCUGGAACCGCCGCGUCGACACGUCCUCAGUGACCAAUCAGAAUUCUCUAUCAAGCUGCAUUGCGCAGGUGCCCGAGGGCUCUAGCCAACCAUACAGUAGCGUCUGCCCUGUCCGACCGGCCAACAGCAGCCCCUCCGGGCCGGCCCUGCAGAACGUGCCUGUGAGGUACCACAACGAUACGCACGCCAGCGCCACCUACAGCGUCCCGACGUGUGCCAGGGCCAACAGAAUGCACCUGGUUUGUCCCAUGAAUACAUCACCUCACGUGGACCCCCAGAAGUCGGGUCACAGAAUCUGGGAGGAGUUCUCCAUGAGCUUCACCCCAGCCGUCAGGGAGGUGGUGGAGUUUGCCAAACGCAUUCCCGGAUUCAGAGAUCUGUCCGAGCAUGACCAGGUCAGCCUGCUGAAGGCCGGCACCUUUGAGGUGCUGGUGGUGCGUUUUACGUCCCUGUUUGAUGUGAAGGAGUGCGCGGUUGCCUUUCUGAGCGGCAGAAAGUACAGCGUAGAGGCGCUGCGCUCCAUGGGUGCUGGAGAUCUCCUCAACUCGAUGUUCGACUUCACUGAGAAACUGCAAGCUCUCAACCUCAGCGAGGAGGAGAUGAGUCUCUUCACAGCAGUCGUGCUGGUGUCUGCAGAUCGUUCCGGUCUUGAGAAUGUGAACUCAGUCGAGGCGCUGCAGGAGUCUCUGAUUCGAGCUCUUCGCAGUCUGAUCACCAAGAAUCAUCCCAACGAGAUCGCCAUCUUCACCAAACUGCUCCUGAAACUGCCCGACCUGCGCUCGCUCAACAACAUGCACUCUGAGCAGCUCCUGGCCUUCAAGGUCCACCCCUGACCACCCGAAGCCCCGCCCCAUCCACUUCCACAACCUGUCCGCUCGGCCGAGGAGAAUCUGAGACUUUCCCAGUGAAGGUCUGUGGAGGGGGCAGGAACCGAUGAAGUCGUAGUACUGUAAACCAUAUCGCCUCCGUUUGUUCUACCGCACACCACUCGCAGAUGCAAACUACAAAGGUUUCGUUGUAGAUGCUUACGAGAGUUUGUGCGAUCGCGAGGCUUGUGUGUACGUGGAGGCGCCUUGAAUUUGUCUUUAGAUUCAUACCGUGUGCAAUAAGUGACACGUUCACUGUCUUUGGAUUGUUUGUUUUCUGAUCUGCUUCAGAAAUUGGCUGCGUGGUCGUAUGAAAGCUGUGUGCAGAUGGUGGGUUAUUCCCGCAGCACGCCUCGACAUCCAUUACGCUUGAAAGAAAAAGCAACAACUGAAAAUGGAAGAAUGUGGAACAAGCUGCUAAUCUGAGCUUUCCGACCGAAAGACGCACGAAUGUUUCACGGAUAGAUAUAUUUUUAUAGUAUCAUCUUCUGUCUUAAAAUGUCUAGUAAAGUGAAAAUGGUUUGGCCCGAAACAUUCUGUUCAGAAUUGAGUACCGAUCAUAGAAGCGUAGUUCAACUGUUGAUAUAUUUAUAACUAGAUGAAUAAUAACACGUGGUUUUAUGGCACAGACGUUUAUAGGUACCUCGUAUCGCUGAGCGCUGAGGUUUAACGCUGCCAAAGAUUGUUCAAUGGGACUGUACGCUUGCAGUGUGUUGACCAACUAUUCGCAUACUUGCAACAUAAAUAAAGUAUUUAUCUUACAGCUGCGUAAUGGUGCGUCUGUCAAUUAAUGACACAACGUUUAAUGAUGCUACUCAACUAAAGAAGAAACAAACGUUUAAUAUAACUAUAGGAAGCGUGCAUUGACAAAACUAUCCAUAUACUGAUGCCGUAAUGCUGAGGACACACCCUAGCUGACACCUGAUUAUCUGAUUGGUUGUAAAACACAUUGAUGGUUUGGGGUAAUUGUUUUUACAUCAAUGUAAUUUAUUCGUUUUUCUUCACUAAGUAAAUGUUUUUGUAGAAUUAUUGCUUUCGUGUCUCUAAACUGCAUGCAUAGUCAUGGCCUGUUGAAUCAGACCACGAGGAGGAAAUGGGAAACAGGAAGUGAUGUCACUGCUCCGGCAGUGCCUCACAGUGUGGACUGUUUGUGGGUCAGUCCUCUGCAGAUGAGUUCUCAUGUAAAAACUGAUGUAUUAGAGUAUCUUGAGUUGUGUUUGGUGUUGAUGUUCUUGUGUGUCAGUGUUCAACCUGCAGCUCACUCAGCGUUGUGUUGCCAUAUUCCAGUCUGUUUUCUUCUGUGAAAGCAUUGUAAGAUCGAUAUAUAUAUAUAAUGAAAUAAAAAUAGAGAA